AUGACUAAAGCAUUGGCUGGAGGGGUUAUUAGGGAUGAGAAUGGAGUUUAUAAAGGUUCAGCUCAAACAAGAGGGAAACGAGUUCAAGAUGCUUUAGAAAGCGAGUUACAAGGGAUCCUAAUGACACUACAACAUUGCUGGAGUUUGGGAUAUGAUCAGAUUAUAAUUGAAAGUGAUUGUCAAAAGGCAAUAGACAUCCUCAACAAUAAGAAGCUACAUUUUGGAUACUAUAACUGGAUCAGAGACAUUAGAUGGUGGGCAAGGAAAUUCCAAAAUUUCGGAUUUCAGUGGCUUAGUAGGAAUGUAAACAAAGUUGAUGAUGGCAAAACAGGUUGA